CGACCGGGAGGCGGGAGGGGCUGCUGGGGCCCGGCCCAGACCUCCCGGCGGUCGCAUUGUUUUCCUCCGCGGACCCGCGGCGGGAUUGGGGGCUGCGACUGGGCUUGCGGGACUGGACAGCGCCCGGGAAUCCAGAUCCAAGCUCCGUCCAACUCGUACGCUCAUCACACCUCGCCAGAACCCCAACGACGGAUCGCGAAGUCGGCGCGGUGCGGGGCCGCUGCCCGCCCGCUGCCCUCUCGACCCCGCUAGCUCGGAUCUCGGAGCAAGUCAAAGGUCUUCUAUCCUCAAACCCCAACAGCAGUCAUCACCCAGGGCCAGCAUAUGGGUGAGUGGGCACCCCCUGGGGCCUGAGCUGCCCCGCACAGGAUGCCCCGUGCCCCCUACUUCAUGCCCUUGCUGCUCCUGCUGCUGCUGCUCUCACUUCCCCACACCCAGGCCACCUUUCCCCGGGAUCCCCUCCCUCUGCUGAUCUCUGACCUGCAAGGUACUUCCCCAUCAUCCUGGUUCCGGGGCCUGGAGGAUGAUGCUGUGGUUGCAGAACUUGGGCUGGACUUCCAGAAAUUUCUGACCUUGAACCGGACCUUGCUAGUGGCUGCCCGGGAUCAUGUUUUCUCCUUCGAUCUACAAGCUCAAGAAGAAGGGGAGGGACUGGUGCCCAACAAGUAUCUAACAUGGAGGAGCCAGGACAUGGAGAACUGCGCUGUGCGGGGGAAGCUGACGGACGAGUGCUACAACUACAUUCGUGUUCUCGUUCCCUCGGACUCGCAGACACUCCUUGCUUGUGGAACGAACUCAUUCAGCCCCGUGUGCCGCAGUUAUGGGAUAACUUCGCUGCAGCAGGAGGGUGAGGAGCUGAGUGGGCAGGCCCGAUGCCCCUUUGAUGCCACCCAGUCCAACGUAGCUGUCUUUGCAGAGGGCAGCCUGUAUUCAGCCACAGCUGCAGAUUUCCAGGCCAGUGACGCUGUAGUUUACAGAAGCCUUGGCCCUCAGCCCCCACUCCGCUCAGCCAAGUACGACUCCAAGUGGCUCCGAGAGCCACACUUUGUCCAUGCCUUGGAGCAUGGAGACCAUGUCUACUUCUUCUUCCGAGAGGUCUCCGUGGAGGACACCCGGCUGGGAAGGGUACAGUUCUCGCGUGUGGCCCGUGUGUGUAAGCGUGACAUGGGCGGCUCACCGCGGGCCUUGGACCGUCAUUGGACAUCCUUCCUGAAGCUUCGGCUCAACUGCUCUGUCCCUGGGGAUGCCGCCUUCUAUUUUGACGUCUUACAGGCCUUGACUGGGCCUGUGAACUUGUAUGGCCGCCCUGCUCUCUUUGGGGUCUUCAGCACCCAGACCAAUAGCAUCCCUGGCUCUGCAGUCUGUGCCUUCUACCUGGAUGAUAUUGAACGUGGGUUUGAGGGCAAGUUCAAGGAGCAGAGGAGUUCGGAUGGGGCCUGGACCCCUGUGUCUGAGGACAGGGUCCCCUCCCCCAGGCCAGGAUCCUGUGCAGGAGUGGGUGUAGCUGCCUUAUUCCCCUCUUCUCGAGAUCUCCCUGAUGAUGUCCUGACUUUCAUCAAGGCUCACCCACUGCUGGACCCCACUGUGCCACCUGCCACCCACCAGCCUCUCCUUACCCUCACCAGCAGGGCCCUACUGACCCAGGUAGCUGUGGAUGGCACGGCUGGUCCCUAUCGUAACACCACAGUCCUGUUCCUUGGCUCCAAUGAUGGAACAGUGCUGAAGGUGCUGCCCCCAGGGGGACAAUCUGGAGGCCGGGAACCCAUCCUGUUGGAAGAGAUCAAUGCCUACAGCCCCUCCCGGUGCAGUGGGAAGCGGGCGGCCCAAACAGCACGGCAGGUGAUAGGACUGGAGCUGGACACUGAAGGUCACAGGCUCUUUGUGGCUUUUUCUGGCUGCAUCAUCUACCUCCCUCUCAGCCGGUGUGCCCGGCAUGGAGCCUGUCGGAGGAGCUGUCUGGCUUCUCAGGACCCAUACUGUGGAUGGCAUAGCUCCAGGGGCUGUGUGGAUAUCAGGGGACCUCGUGGGACUGAUGUGGAUCCAGCUGGGAACCAGGAGUCCAUGGAGCACGGUGACUGCCAAGACGGAGCCACCGGGAGUCAGUCUGGCACAGGGAACUCUGCUUACGUGCUUCUGGGUCCUGGCCCUUCCCCCGAGACCCCCAGCCCCCCCAGUGAAGCCCACCCCCGGCCCCAGGCUUCCACCCUUGGAGCUCACACUCAGGGCGUGCGCCGCGACCUCCCCGCAGCCUCGGCCGCCCGCUCGGUGCCCAUCCCGCUGCUCCUGGCCUGUGUGGCCGCGGCCUUCGCCCUGGGCGCCCUGGUCUCCGGCCUGCUGGUCUCCUGCGCUUGUCGCCGCGCCCACCGACAUCGGAGCAAGGACCUGGAGACGCCCGGGCUCCCGCGCCCCCUCUCCCUCCGCAGCCUGGCCCGGUUGCACGGGCCGGGCCCGGAGCCGCCGCCGCCCGCCAAGGACGGAGACCCCGCGCCGCCGCCCCAGCUCUACACCACCUUCCUGCCUCCGCCCGAGGCCGGGUCCCCGCCGGACCUCGCCUGCCUGCCCACCCCGGAGUCCACGCCCGAGCUGCCGGCCAAGCGCCUCCGCCCCGCGGGGGGCCCCUGGGAGUGGAACCAGAACGGGAACAACGCCACCGAGGCCCCCGGCCCCGCGCGCGGGAACGCGGCCGGCGGCUCGGCGCCCCGCGUGCUGGUGAGGCCGCCGCCGCGCGGCUGCCCGGGGCGGGCGGUGGAGGUGACGACCCUGGAGGAGCUGCUGCGCCACCUGCACGCCCCGCCGCCGGCCCCGCGGGCGCUGCCCCUGGAGCCCGCCCCGGCCCCCGCCCCCGCCCCCGCCCGGCCGGCCGGCUCCCGCCUCCUGCCCCGCGAAUGCGCGCCCCCCCUGCGGCUGGACGUGCCCCCGGACGGGCAGUGCCCGAGGCCCCCCGGCCGGCCGGCCCCCGCUCCCCGGCUCGGGGUGGGCGGCAGCCGGAGGCCGCCCUUCUCCUCCCACCGGGCGCCCCCCGCCCUGCUCACUCGCGUGCCCUCGGGGGGCCCCUCCCGGGACUCGGGGAGACACCUGUACCUGGGCCGCCCCGAGGGCUACCGGGGCCGCACCCUGAAGAGAGUGGACCUGCAGAAGCCCCGGUCGCCCCCGAAGCUGUCCCCGGUCGCGCCCCCCGCCCCGCUGGCCGUCCCCGGCGGCGGCCAUUUUAACUUGUGAAGGAAGCCGGGAGCGGACCGGCCUCCCAGGACAGGCCCUCCCCGCCCCACACCUGCGGCCUUCCCGGACCCGAGGCGCCGGGCCCUCCCGCCUCGGGCUUAUUUAUUGACUGUCUUCCCCGCUGUCCCCUCGAGAGCGGCGCGGGGGACGGAGCCUGCCCCUCAGCGAGCCAGCUUUCCUGGAGGGGCCGGCCCGCCCCGCUCCCCUCCCUCAGCCGAGCUGCCUUAACUCGCCCUCUGGGCUUCCUCCCUGGCUGGGCCCCGGGCGGGCCGCAGGCGGACGGACGGACGGACGGGGCUGGGGCCACGCGCGUCGUGACUGAUCCUCGGACCUCCUGGGAGGGCCUCCUACCGUGUAGGAGCCUUCGCUCCCCAAUACAGCUGUUCCCCGAGCCGCCGCUUCAUUCCCGCGCCGGGGUGUGGGGGGGGGGAAGAGGGGGGGGUCGGGGGGCUCCCUCCCGGCGCCUUCGCCCCUGCAUCUUCGGCCUCCCGAGUAAUGGGGUGGCUGCAGUCCCACCGGGGUUCAUCAGGAAAGGUUUCCUCAAGAUUAGGAAAAAAAAAAAAAAAAAAAGGUGUGGCGGUGCCUCCGGGCCCAGGAGACCCCAGGUGAAGUCCGGGUGGGGGGGCGAGGGCUCUAGGAGCCCGCUUCUGGGCUGAGGUAAGAGGGACUUUUUCCUGGCUUGUCCCGUCGGGUGGGGGAGGUUAUUUUUGGAGAAAGAAAAUGAAGCCGCCCCGUAAGUGAUUUAACUUUCACCUCAGGAAAUCUGGUCCUAAAGAGAAUUCCAAGGGUCUAGUUUGCAUGAGGGGGACGCUGCGAAAAAACCGCAAAGGAUUCGGUCCUGCUGGAGCCCGGGGUCGGCCCCAGCUGUUCCCUAAGGAGCAGUUUCCCUUCGCGGAGCCGGAGGGGGGUCGAGCGCGGGGGUCGUGCGCAUGCGCGGCGUCUCGCCACGCCUGGGGCCGCACGCGAUCGUCAUGAUGUUCCUCCGGCUGGGACUGGCUGUAGAUACCUGUCAGUUACCCCCGGGGACCAAUGGGAGGGACGAACGGGACCGCCUGCUCCGCCCACUACCUCGCGCUGAGGACACUGAAGGCCUCGCGCCAGCUGUGGCUACUUUUGCGGAUUUACAAGUCGUGUUUUUCGCCCGCGCGUGGCCGGAGUUAUCCGCCGGGUUGGAGCCCUAGGCCCCCCCGCGCUGGCGCCGCCUGGAGGCCGGGUCAAGCCCUGCAGCUAAGGACGCCUCCGGUUCGCUGCCUUUAGGCGUUCAUGCCUUCUCGGGGAAACCGCCAAGAACAGCUUGGAGAACCCUGGGAUUGUUUCUACUUUGUGACCUGACAAGUCAAAGUUCUGCCCUGAGUGGUUUUCCUCAUGUAAGAAAAAAAAAAAAAAUGGGGUUGUUUGAGAGGCUCAAGCACGACAAUGUCUAAAAACUUUCUAAAGGAGAAAGCAUGGUGGCUGUGACGUGGUUUCCUCCAAACUCAGGCGUAGGCUAUUCCUCACUUGUGACCUCCCGCUGAGUAAUGUUUCCCCUUGAUCCUUACAACCUCCAGCUACAGAUUUUGCCCUCCAGGUUUUGAAAUGCCUUCCGGACACUGCGCACACCUCAGCGUGCCGGGCCACACUGCCCUCCAGUCUGCGCUGCCUGGAGCUCUGCGCCGCUUGGAGGUUGCAGAGGGCCUCUAGGUCUGUUUCCCCGCGUUAGGUGCCUUCCUGAAACCAAGAUGCUUAAAACCACUGCUAGCUUCCCGGAUGGUGGAGGAGAGCCAGGACGGGGCGGAGCAUCCCCCCAGGCACCCGGCUUCUUUAUCCUCUUCAAACCUAGGUGUUCAGCCGGCUCAGGGGCCCCGUGGGUGAGCCUGGACCUACGAACCAGAAGGUCCCUGGUCAGGGCGGCGGCUGCUCCGCUGGGGGCGGGCAGGAGGCAGCCGGUCAAUGAUUCUCUCUCGUCAUUGAUGUUUCUACCUCCCUCUCCCUCUCCCUUCCUCUCUGAGAUAAAUAAAAAUAUA